UGUUUAGCUUUUAACCCCAUUAUAUACCCGACGUCGUAAGCCGCUUCAGCUCGCUGCAAGUCACAUGCCUCCCUCCCGCGAGGGUUGCCGGGAAAUGUAGUGCGCCUCUGCCAGAACGACUCGUCUCCGCGGCCAAUCCGAUCGUGUGUUGUGCAGAGGGUGACUGCAUGUUCCUGCGGUGCUGGAGGGGCAGAAUCUGAUGUUCCAGUUAACCAGAUCAGGUCACGUCUAGAAGAAUGGGAGAACGUGAAAAUAAUUUCCCUCCAUUGCCUAAAUUCAUCCGCCUGCGUCCCUGUUUCUACCAGAAUUUUGAGGAUGAAAUUCCUUCACAGCACAGAACAUUGGUACGGAGGAUCUACCAUUUGUGGAUAUUUUAUUGCCUCUCCCUAACAGUAAACUUAGUCGCUUGCCUUGCUUGGUGGAUUGCAGGAGGUUCUGGGGUGAAUUUUGGAUUAUCUUUGCUAUGGCUGGUCAUGUUCAGUCCUUGUGGUUAUGUGUGUUGGUUUCGUCCAGCAUACAAAGCUUUCAGAUCUGACAGCUCAUUCAACUUCAUGACUUUCUUUUUCAUAUGCGGGGCGCAGUUUGUCCUGUCUGUUGUUCAGGCCAUCGGUAUUUCCGGAUGGGGUGCUUGUGGCUGGCUUGCUGCAGUGACAUUUUUCAGCUCCAAUGUAGGAGCUGCCAUCGUGAUGCUUUUCCCAGCUGUGAUGUUUACCGUCAGUGCGAUUGCAACUGCUCUAGCAUUGGUCAAGGUGCACAGACUGUACAGAAUGGCUGGUUGCAGUUUACAGAAAGCCCAAGAUGAGUGGGUCUCUGGGACCUGGAAGAGUCCACCUACCCAGGAGGGACAAUACUCCAAUUUUACUGGGCCCAGUCUACCCCAGUACCCUACAGUGCCAAAUUAUCCUGCUGAUAGGGAGUGGCCAUAAACUUUAGCAGGCUUUUAUAGCUUUUGGGUUUCCAUUGGAGAAUCCUAUGAAACCUACAGUGACCAAGUUUCAUGUGAAGAUAUCGCAUACAGCAUCUGGCUCCUAUAGACUGGUUAUUCUAUAAUCUAUUCUAAUUAGCCAGACUUAUUUUAAUUGGUAAUUCGUAUAAAUAUUACACCCUUUGCCAAAAAUGAAAUUGUUAAGUGAUGUGUUGAGAAAACUGUUUUAAGUUGCAGCCAUUUAAACAUGUACCAAAGGGUAUGACCUAGUCUUUUAGACUCGGUUCAUACCUAUGCAAUUUGCUUUUGAUACAUUUUCUGCAGUGCUUUUUGCUGUGCGCUUUGCAUGUUUGCACACGUGAUUUUGCCACGAUUUGCUUUUUGCAUUUUUUUUGCAUUUUUUUUUUUUUUUUUUAAUCCAAUUUGCUGUUGGGCAGAUUAAAAAACACACUACUUGCUUUUAUGCAGGGUCUCCAUUUAUGUCUAUUAAACCAAAAAAAGCAAAAGCACCGUUUUUUGUGUUAAAAGUCAGUUUACAAAAACGCAGCAGCUGAAAAAAAGGAUAGAUGUGAACGUGUCCCAUAGGAAACCAUGUUAAGUGAACUGUAGUGCGUUUCUGCAAAAAGCACCAAAAAACACAUACGCCUUAGAGAUGUGAAAUGGAGACUCAACUAUUUCCAAGUUGUUUUCAUUUUCAUUUCUCAAGCUUUUUAGACACUUUAAACCUCUAACAUGUUAUUCCUUUUUAAGGCCGAGAUCACACUGGCUCAGAACUGUUUUUUUUUUUGUUGUUUUUCUGCACCAGAAUUGGAUCGCAUGGGUGUUCACAUCGAUGUGAUCUGAUUAAUGCAAAUCGCAAACAGAUUUUGGGGUGUCGUUAACUUAAGAUACACCCUCAUUCAUUUACAUGCACGGGGUGCGAUUUUGAUUCGGUGCAGAAACCGCACACAAUUUGCUGGAAAUUCCGUACCAAUUCCGUGAACCUGGCCUAAGCCUUUUAAUUUCCAGAAAAUCUUUUAGCUCUGGUUUCACACUAAUGCGUUUCCCGCACCGCAUUGCAAUCACGCGGCAUCUAUGAGAUCCGCUGCGGGUGUCAGUGUUAGAUUACCGACAUGCCAAAACAGAUUGCAAAACGCAGUGCGAUUGCAUGGGUGUAAACACACUUGCGAUAUGAUUCAAGUACGGAUAAAAAAAAUACUCCUACGCUGUUUUGGUGCGGAUGCCAUAUGAGAAAUAAAAUCGCAUCGCACAGACAUCACAUCUAAUGUGCACAAGAAACCGGUGCGAUUCCUGUGUGAAUCACAUGCAGUGUCCAGCAACACGUGUGUAUACCCAGGUUCAAAACGUUGGUUCCUUACAGCUGAAUUUCAGGCAAUCAGCGCUUAAUAUACUAUUAAAAUGCAUACUUGGGAGCUGUUUUACCUGCAAAGGAUUUCUGACCCAGAGAGCAGAUCCAGGUUACUGACCUGACUUUUUUUCUACUGCAUUUAAGCAAUACAGCCUUGUCACCUCGCUGCCCUCAGCUUGCAAUGAAAAAGUAAAGGUACAGCUAUGAAUUAUUCUAUUAUAAGGGUGUCCUUGCUAGGUCGGGAGCACUGUAGCACACCUGAUUGGCUGCUACUGUUACCAGUCCUCCUUCCAUUUUGAGCUGUACUGGGGAUUACAAGAGGCUAACUCAAAGUCAGAUUCAGUCAUUUACGCUAAUUGAAUUUCAAAGUAUAUUUAAUUUUUUUAAUGAACACC